AUGCAGGUCAAGUCAAUCAAAACGUUCGUAAAAGACGUUAAGAGAAGGCUAUCCCAAAAACAUAAGCGAAAGUCAUCAGCCGCGACGACGUCUACAGCCACUACAUCGAACUCUUCUGCGCCAUCCACACCUUCUGCUCACCACUCUCCUCUGUACGAUGAUCAUCAUUCACCAAACACAAUCAUUACACCAUCCCGCCCUCGCAGUAGGUCAAGCAGUGAAACUCUGGGUUCUCGCCAUUCUUCGGACGUCAUCGAUAUCAGCUCGAAGCACUCGAGAACGCCCUCAGAGGACAUGAUGUCUGCUGAAACGCAUGGAUCGGAUGACAGCGGUACCUUUGUCACCGCUGACUGGGGUCUCGCUUCCCCACGUGUGCGCACUAAAUCCAUCGGCCGAACUAGUUCGGUUGCACCAGCAUCUAUCGCAGAAUCAACCACUUCUUCCCACCCUUCCCAGAGCUCCCUCUACGCUUCUGCCAAGUCCAUGCAUAUGGAUUCCAUCGAUCGCCCGUUACAUUUACUUCAGACUUUGCCUGAGGAUAGUGGAGAGGGUCCAGGUACACCAUCACAAAUGUCGGAGCAUGAGGUGCCGGACCCCUUCAUAGUUGAAGGCUCGGAGGGUGCCUUGUCCGAAGGCGAGGAUGCCUCAUCUGACGUUGAAGGUGCUUCACCCGAGGGUGAAAGUGUUCCCCCUGCAGAUGAAGAGAUCGCGCUCGCACAGUCAACACUUCUUACGCCAUCUGAAGUACCCCCCUUGAUACCUUCCCCCAACGUCAACAAGGACGUACCCCCGCCUCCCGCGAGCGAUGCUGAGUCUGAGGCACCCGAAUUGUAUCUUCCUGGGCUAACCAUGCCUACUAUGUUCUUACCCAUCCCAAACACGGACCCUCUAAAUAUUCUCCUCACGAAAUAUGUAUCCCCUCUUGAGAAGCGUCCUGUACGAGAUGUCACUGGCGAAUGGCAAGAUUCUGAUUUUCACUCGAUGGUUAUGUCAAACAGCUGGCGUGCGCUUGCUAGAAUGGCGCGGGAUCGUCUAAUAACCUGUAAUCCUGAGGAUCUCAUUCGUCUCUGGUCUCUGCGUCUAUCAAGCCUCGCUCGCCUCCGCCUCUACAACCAAACGUCAGCUGAGUGCACCAACCUUUUCGCGGUGCUCAAUGCUACAGAGCCCCCGUCCGCCCGUGCAUACUUAUUCGACCGCGUCCUUCCCUUUGAGCUCGAGGUCAUGCAUGCACGCCUCAAAUACUGGGCAGGCGACCCCAUGGGCUAUCUGGACAUUCUUUAUGCCUUGCUUAAGAAGUGUAAGCUUCGAGCCAAGAGUUCGAAAGCCGAGGGCGACGACUCCAGCUUGUCGAUGUGGCUUGAGCGCGCUGCACGGAUGUGCCUUAUCAUUGCAUCGCAAAUGAUCGAGAUGAAGGACUUCACUGCUGCAACGAAACUCUUGGAGCCACUGUUCGCACAACGUACUGGACAACAACCCUCCCCUGCCAUCCAGUCUGCCGUGGGUCGCAUUUACUUGCAGAGUGGUUACCUCACACAGGCUGCGGCGCACUUUGCUGCCGUGGAAGGCGACGCUAGCGUCCCGCAGACACUCAAAGAUAUGAAUGCUGCCUUGCUCGCGUGUGCUGAGGGAAACUGGACGCGGGCGGAUGAACUGCUCCGAGCCCUCGUACAGGCAGAGCCGGAUAACUUUGUGGCUAUCAACAAUCUAUCUGUGGCUCUUCUGAGUCAGGGAAAGCUCAAGGAGCACUGCAUAGCUCCCCAUCCGACCGUCGUGGUAGCAGAACCCUACCUCUUCAAUCUUUCGACGCUCUACGAGCUUCACUCAGCCACAGCUGUAGAGAAGAAACGCGACCUUUUGAUUGAGGUGGCGAAGUGGAGUGGAGAUGGGCUGAAGACGACAUGCUUGAAGAUGCCGUCUACAUGA